ACAUUAAUUACUCAAAGAGUUUACUGUAUCUCAAAAAUUUUCCGGAUUUGUACCCAAAUCAAUUUUAGGGUUGAUAAAUUCCCAAUUUGAUUUUUCAGAGCUUAAUUUUCAGCAACAAUGGCAGUCAAAGGGAGGCAUUUCCGAGGUUUAUCUCGAAAAUCAUCUAACUCUACGCUGAUUUUUGCCGUGUUUAUUGGGUUUUCAUUUUUCGUGCUGAUUCUUCUCGCUUUUGGAAUUUUCUCGAUUCCUUUCACUUCUAGAGGAUUGCGAAAAGUACAUGAUCUUAGCUCAAUUGCUCACAAUGCUGCUGGAAGACGAGAUGAUGAUGGAGGAAGAGGAGAUCAGUGGGCUGAAGUGAUUUCAUGGGAACCAAGAGCUGUCGUCUACCAUAAUUUCUUGUCAAAGGAAGAAUGUGAAUAUCUGAUUAAUCUUGGAAAGCCUCAUAUGAAGAAGUCAACUGUCGUUGAUAGUGCUACUGGCAAGAGUACAGAUAGCAGGGUUCGAACAAGUUCGGGAACAUUUCUUUCCAGGGGACAAGAUAAAGUAGUCAGGACCAUAGAGAAAAGGAUUGCAGAUUUCACCUUUAUACCCGUAGAGCAUGGUGAAGGUCUUCAAAUUCUCCACUAUGAAGUGGGUCAAAAGUAUGAGCCACACUAUGAUUACUUUUCGGAUGAGUUUAAUACUCAAAAUGGUGGUCAACGCAUUGCUACGGUUUUGAUGUACUUAUCAGAUGUUGAAGAAGGGGGAGAAACUGUAUUUCCUGCUGCCCAGGGAAACUUUAGUGCGGUUCCUUGGUGGAAUGAGCUAUCUGAAUGUGGAAAAGGUGGACUCUCUGUAAAACCAAAGAUGGGUGAUGCUUUGCUUUUCUGGAGCAUGAAGCCUGAUGCUACUCUUGAUCCUUCAAGCUUGCAUGGUGGGUGCGCUGUGAUUAAGGGUAACAAGUGGUCAUCUACGAAAUGGAUGCGUGUUCAUGAAUACAACAUUUAACCUACAGCAAAAGGUCCACUUUCGAGUUUGGAUGCCCUCGCUGUUGUACUAUUUGUAUCAAAAGAAGCUAUAAUCUUAUAAUUUUAGGAGAUCCCAGCUUUCAACCUCAAGCCUAUUAUACUCAGAUGGUACUAUUUUCAUCUUUUUCUUUUGGUUCUUCCUUAUUCGUUUUGGUUCUCUUUGUAUUUUAUCGAGUUAUCGUAAAUACAGUAAAGUAAAUCCACUCGGCACAAGCUUUUAUAUGAAAUGAGAAUUAUAGCUUUUUAUACAAUAUCUGGUAUUUACUCCAUACUCAGUGUUAACAAGAUGUGACUCAGGCGGAGCCAUGAUUUCAACUUUACAAGUUCUGAGUUUUAGAACGACUUGAAGUACUAAUAACUAGGUUCUGACUUUGAUAUAUGUAUAUUUGAUGAAUAUUUCGACGUGAA